GGAGAGAAGAAGAAGGUGGUGUUUUUGGCUGGCGGGACGGGCAUUUCGCCUGCGCUGCAGGCUGCGAAGGCGCUGCUGGAUAACCCCCGAGUAGAGAUGGAGGUCGUGUGGGCGAACCGGCGGAGGGAGGAUUGCGUUGGAUGCGAGGGCGGGGAGCAGCGGGGGGCCAUGGUUGCGCUGCUGGAGGAUUUCCGGAAAAAGUAUGGGGAGAGGUUCAAAUAUUCCUGCACGGUGGAUGGGGAGGGGACCUUCAUCGACGCUGGGGCCAUCGCGAGGGUAACGCAGCCCACACCGUCACCAUCCGCACUCGCUCCAGCCCCGGUCCAAGGCCAGCAGGCUUGGGGAUUGUGGCCGACCGCCGGCACGAGCCAGAAGAGCAACGCGGUAUCGCAGCCGGUUGCCACGGUUAACUCCGAUACCUGCUCUUAUCACUCACCCAAGGAGCUGGUUGUCUCUGAUGAACAUGAUCCCCACGCUGGCGCUGACAGCAAACCGUGCCAGUGCAAGGAUACUGAUGGCAACCCCGUCCGCGGUGGGAAGAACCUGCUCAUGAUCUCCGGGCCUGAGGGGUUCGUCAAACAUUUCACCGGUGCCAAGGUAUGGGGUGGCGGGAAGGAGAUGCAGGGGCCGGUGAAGGGAGUCAUCGGCGACUUGAAAAAGCAGAACCGGAGCCUCGGAGAGGAUUGGCUCGUUCUGAAGAUGUAAUGGCUGAGAAUGGGCGAGUUGGUUGGUUAUAGAAAGCGAAGAGUCAUAUAGAGGUAGAGUAGAGGGGCACCCGUUGUAAAUAUGGGUUGAGUGCCGUUCGUCACGGACACAGACAAGG